AUGCCUCUGUGCCGCCGCCCCCCAUCCGGCUACCACGGCGUUCGGGCGCGGCCGAGCGGCCGGUUCGACGCGGAAAUCCGCUCCGGCGACGAGUGGAUCCGCCUCGGCACAUUUGACACGGCGCACGAGGCGGCGCGGGCGUACGACGCCGUCGCCUGGCGACUCGGCCGCUCCCGCCGCACCAUGAAUUUUCAUGAUGUGUUCACGCGGGAGCAGACGGAGAUGCUCUCGCCACCGCCGCCAGCGAUCACGCGCGAGCAGCAGCGCCGACAGCGGGAGCUGGAGCAACGCCUCCUCAUCGCCGAGCGCGACGAGGCGAUGCGCCUCGAAUGGGCUCGCCGCUUCCCGAAAGACGUCACCACCACAGAGGCCUUCUACGCGCAGAAGGAGGAGAAGGCGGCGGCGAAGGCAAAGAAGAAAGCUAACCGCGACAAGCGCCGCGCCGAGGAAGGCGGCGAGGGCCGAGAAGGCGGCGAGGAAGGAGGAGGAAAAGAAGAACGGCGCAAGACCAUCCACCAUCGUCCUCUCCUCCUCCUUCAAGUGGACGACGACGCCAGUGUCGGAGACAAAUCCGAGCACCCACUCCUCGAACUUCGACUGGGAGUCGAACAAGUAGCUUAG